UGGUUUGUGAUUCUUCAUACGCAAUAGCCAGGCGUUUAAGUUUUUCAUCCUCUUAGCAUAUGUAUGUAUUUAACUUACAUUAAAAAAAAGUAGAAAAGAAAAAGAACAUGUUUUAGCCACCGCCAGAGAAAGCUGUGUCGAAACACAUGAGACUGAUCUCCGACAUGUGAUGCCCGAUCUGAUAUGGAUGAAGUGUCACCGAUCAGCUCAGAGCUUUAAUUAAAAAUAGAGUUGUGAUCGACACAAGGUGCCACAAUGACCUCUUCAGUAAAGCAGCAGAGAAACAUUUGUGUUCUUCUUCCCAACAAAAACCAGCUGGAGAUCACUGUCGGGUUCCCUGUGACUCUCUUGCUCUAGCCAAAGGCCACAGCGCAAGAUGUUUUCAGUCAGGUGGGAGAGCUUCUUGGUAUCAAAGAGAUGCACUUGUUUGGCCUCACUGUGGUGCGAGACAAUGAGCGCAUAUUUUUAGACAUGGAGGAGAAGUUGACCAAGUACUUACCCAAAGAAUGGAAGCAAGAGUCCGGAAAGACUUUUGAGAAGAGAGCCUUUCCUCUAGUGCUCUGCAUUAAAGUGCAGUACUAUGUUGAGAACGGAAGACUUAUCAGUGAACGCAAGGCACGCCAUCUCUACUACUCUGACCUCCGCGAGCGGGUGUUACGCUCCGAAUGCCGUCAACAGGAGGAAGUGUACUUCCAGCUAGCAGGUUACGCCAUGCAGGCGGACCUCGGUGACCACCAGCUUCCCAAGGACGGCGAAGAGAGUGCCCCUUACUUCGAACCCAAGGAGUACUUUCCUCCAUGGAUAAUAGCCAAGCGGGGACUGAACUAUCUCCUUUGCCAUGGCCCCAAACUGCAUCAGGACCUGUGGGGCAUGUCGGCACGUGAUGCCAUCCUCCUCUUCAUCAGAGAGUCAUGUCAACUGGAGGACGUACCAGUCACAUUUUACAGACUGCAAAAGGACAAGAAGGAAGAGAGGGGAACGGCAGUACUGGGCCUGACCCUGAGAGGAAUGCAGGUUUAUCAGGAGGCGAACAACAUCAGACACUUGCUAUAUGACUUUCCCUGGUCCAAUGUGGGACGACUCACCUUCCUAGGAAAGAAAUUUGAGAUUCAACCGGAUGGCUUACCGUCAGCAAGGAAGCUUGUUUACUACACUGGGUCGUCAUUCCGCUCUCGACACCUUCUCUUGCACCUUAGCCGCAGCCAUCGCAUCUACCUCAGCCUCCAGCCUGCCCUCAAGCACCUCCGCCAGCUUGAGGAGAGUGAAGAAAAAAAGCGUUACAGAGAAUCCUACAUCAGCGAUGAUCUGGACUUGGACCCACCAGGCAGCGAAAGCAGCCCGGGUUUGUCCCGGAUUUCCACCAGCAGCUCGGGUAUCGAAGCCGACACCCGCCAACACAGCAUCUCGACAGAGAUGACCUCCAUGGAGGAGGAAGCGGAACAGAAGGCAGAGAGGAGUUCCUACUCUGCCGCCAGCCAAGUUAGCUCCUCCACGUCUGGCCUCGGCAGCGGCAGAAAAGCUCACAUUAAGGAUGAGGAGUGGAAAGAGCAAGCUGAGAAGUUCACACCCGCUCGCACACCAGAAAUGAAGACUGAUGUCAGACAGGAAGUUCUUGCGGAUUAUCCAGAUGAGAUGUUCCAGCUGGCCGAUCUUCUCGAUGGUGUGUCAGUCGAUUGCACACUCUCCUCUGAGAUAACCUCGCCAGAGAACAAAGUUUGCCUCUCAGACAACAAUGAGCAUCUCCUAAUUUUAGAUGGCACCAGUACCCAGGUGGGAGAAACUAGAUCGCAUGUGGACCGGCACAGCCACAGUCUUGAUGAUGUCAGUUUGUUCCCACCUCAGGCACCCCUGGGGACCACACUACAAGCAGAUUCUUCACAGAGCUACACCUUCGGCCUCUCGGACACCUCGGCAGACACCAAGAUGCCCUUAGUUCACGACUAUUACCCUUUUUUGCACUGCCAAGCCAAACCUUCCUUCUAUGGUCGCAGGUCUACCAACUGUCUGUCACUGGACCUGCUAGCAGAUGAACAUUUUCUGGAAUUCGUUCUGUAAACAAACAAAGAAGUCCUCACGUUUGCCUCAUUUAUGUGUAAUGAAGGUUACCUACGGGAUCUAUAUGGGAGUUUUUUUUGUGACCAUUUUUCAUGCGUUCCAUUUUUCAUCUGUUUAUUUUACGCUGACAAUUCUGUGGAUCCCAGUUUUGUUUUGUUUUUUACCAGAAACAUUUCUUUGUCACUGACAUAUUUAUUGAU